AUGGAACCUGAAAAUUAUGCCAGGGUGACAGAAUUUGUUCUCACUGGCCUAUCCCAGACUCGGGAGGUGCAACUGGUUCUAUUCGUUGUAUUUCUAUCUUUCUAUUUGUUCAUCCUUCCAGGGAAUAUUCUUAUCAUUUGCACCAUCAGGCUUGACCCCCAUCUGACGUCUCCCAUGUAUUUCCUGUUGGCUAAUCUGGCCUUUCUUGAUAUUUGGUACUCCUCCAUCACAGCCCCUAAAAUGCUUGUGGACUUCUUUGUGGAGAGGAAGAUAAUCUCCUUUGGUGGGUGCAUUGCACAGCUCUUCUUCUUGCACUUUGUGGGGGCCUCGGAGAUGUUCCUACUCACGGUGAUGGCCUUUGACCGCUAUGCUGCUAUCUGCCGCCCCCUCCACUAUGCCACAAUCAUGAACCGACGUCUCUGCUGUAUCCUGGUAGCUGUCUCUUGGAUGGGGGGCUUCAUCCAUUCUAUAAUACAAGUGGCUCUCAUUAUUCGGCUUCCUUUCUGUGGGCCCAAUGAGUUAGACAACUACUUCUGUGACAUCACGCAGGUGGUCCGGAUUGCCUGUGCCAACACCUUUCCAGAGGAGUUAGUCAUGAUCUUCAGCAGCGGUCUGAUCUCCGUGGUGUGUUUCAUUGCUCUGCUGAUGUCAUAUGCCUUCCUUCUGGUCAUGCUCAAGAAACACUCAGGCUCCGGUGAGAGUACCAGCAGGGCUGUGUCCACCUGCUAUUCCCACAUCACCAUUGUGGUGCUAAUGUUUGGCCCAUCCAUCUACAUUUAUGCUCGCCCCUUUGACUCCUUCUCCUUAGAUAAAGUGGUGUCUGUGUUCCAUACUGUGAUAUUCCCUUUACUUAAUCCGAUCAUCUACACAUUGCGAAACAAAGAAGUAAAGACUGCCAUGAGGAAGUUAGUCAGCAGAUAUAUUUUAUGUAAAGAAAAGUGA